UUCAUUCUUUCUAUUUCAGAUUAGGGUAGAUGGACCUACCUAUGGGGCUUUGCAGUACGAAACCAUCCAGGUGGUCGACAACGGGCCGAUCCUGCGAGACAUGGCGUUUUCUUCAGAUCAGCACUUUUUGUAUGUGAUGUCAGAGUCGCAGCUGACCCGUGUCCCAGUGGAGGCCUGCGAGCAGUAUUCGUCCUGUAAAGAGUGUCUGGGAUCUGGAGAUCCCCACUGCGGCUGGUGUGUGCUUCACAGCAUGUGCACCAGAAAGGAGAAGUGCGAGCGGUCAUCCGAGCCUCGUCGUUUUGCUUCAGACAUAAAGCAGUGUGUGAGACUCAGCGUUCACCCCAACAACAUCUCCGUGUCUCAAUACAGUGUCAUGCUAGUGCUGGAGGCACAUAACGUGCCAGAACUUUCUGCAGGGGUCAACUGCACCUUUGAGGACCUGGCGGAGAUGGACGGUCUGGUCGAGGGGAACCGCAUUACCUGCAGCUCACCUGCGGAGAAGGAAGUCCCGCGCAUCGUCGUAGACCAAGGUGACCAUCAGAUUGUCCAGCUCUACCUCAAAUCAAAGGAGACGGGACUAGCUUUCGCCAACACUAGCUUUGUCUUCUACAACUGCAGCGUUCACAAGUCGUGUCUGUCCUGUGUUGGAAGCCCAUACCAGUGCCACUGGUGCAAAUAUCGUCACACGUGCACCCAUGAUCCGAGCAGCUGCUCUUUCCAGGAGGGUCGUGUCAAGCAGCCAGAGGAAUGUCCUCAGCUGCUUCCAGCAGAUCGUAUCUUGGUUCCCGUGAACGUAGUGAAACCCAUCACCCUUCGGGCCAAGAACCUACCCCAGCCACAGUCAGGCCAACGUGGGUACGAGUGUGUGCUCACCAUACAGGGUGUGGAGCAGAGAGUUCCCGCCCUUCGCUUCAACAGCUCCAGUGUGCAGUGCCAGAACACAUCGUACUCGUAUGAUGGGAUGGAGAUGAGUAGCCUCCCUGUGGAUCUGAUGGUCAUCUGGAACGGAGACUUCAGCAUUGACAACCCGGCCCAAAACAAAGUGCACCUGUACAAGUGUGACGCCCGACGGGAAAGCUGUGGACUGUGUCUGAAGGCGGACCCUCUGUUUGGCUGUGUGUGGUGUAAGGGAGAGAACCGUUGUUCUCUGAAACAGCACUGUCCUCACCCGCAGAGCAUGUGGCUCGAGCACAAUGGCAUCAAUAGCAAGUGCACGCACCCCAAAAUCACAAAGAUCACCCCGCUUCGAGGGCCGCGUGAAGGAGGAACGCUGGUGACUAUUCGUGGCGAGAACCUGGGGUUGGAGUUCAGUGAGAUUAAGGACCAUGUGAAGGUUGCAGAUGUGGAAUGUACACCGGUACCCGAGGGAUAUAUCCCAGCAGAACAGAUUGUGUGCGAAAUGGGAAAAGCAGAACGAAGCCAGUUUGCUGGAAAUGUCCAAGUGUGCGUUGGAGAGUGUCGCCCCGAGUUCAUGGCCAAGUCAUCUAAGUACUACUACUUUGUGAUACCCAGACUGUUGAGUUUAAAGCCGAAUCGAGGGCCGGUAUCUGGGGGCACCAUAGUCAACAUCACCGGCAGCAACCUGGACGCGGGCAGCAAUGUGUCAAUCAUGUUCAAAGACCAGAAGUGCACCUACCAAAGGAGAGGAGGACAGUGGAUAACGUGUCGUUCUCAUGCCUCCAUGCAAGGCUACGGAAAUGUGUCAGUAUCUGUCUUUGUGGAUAAAGCCCAUAUUCACAAAGAUCUCAAGUUUGAGUAUGUGGAGGACCCCACCAUCACCAAACUUGAACCUGAGUGGAGCAUUUUCAGUGGCAACACACCAUUGACUGUGACUGGAACAAACCUGGACAUCAUCCAGACUCCUCUCAUCAGAGCCAAGUAUAAGAACUUGGAGACGGUCAACAUAUGCCAGGUUUUGAGUCCCACCACUAUGCAGUGCAUGGCCCCAGAGCUUCCCUACAGUCUAAGCAGGCAGAAGGAAGUGCCAGAGAGACCUGAUGAGUUCGGCUUCAUCCUGGACAACGUUCAGUCUGUGCUGUCCCUCAACAACACCAACUUCAUCUACUAUCCAAAUCCAGUGUUUGAACCGCUCAGUGUGUCUGGGGUCCAGGAGCUCAAGCCAGGGUCUCCCAUCAUACUCAAGGGUAGAAACUUCCUCCCUCCAGCCCCGGGUGGCAAUGGGAAGCUGAACUACACUGUUCUGAUUGGAGACAAACCUUGCACAUUAACUGUAUCAGAUACUCAACUGCUCUGCGAAUCGCCCAAUCUGACUGGACGCCACAAGGUUCUGGCUCGCGUAGGUGGCAUCGAGUUUUCUCCAGGUGUGGUCCACAUCACCUCAGACAGCCCUCUCAGCAGCACCGCCGUCAUUAGCAUUGCUGGGGCAGGAGGCCUUCUCAUCUUCUUCAUCGUCAUUGUCCUCAUUGCCUACAAGCGUAAAUCUCGUGAGAGCGACCUCACUCUCAAACGCCUGCAGAUGCAAAUGGACAACCUGGAGUCCAGAGUAGCCUUGGAGUGUAAGGAGGCAUUUGCAGAGCUACAAACAGACAUUCAUGAGUUGACCAGUGAUCUGGACGGAGCUGGUAUUCCAUUCCUGGACUACCGCACGUACACAAUGCGAGUCCUGUUCCCUGGCAUCGAGGAGCACCCUGUACUUAGAGACCUGGAGGUGCCAGGUUACAGACAGGAACAGGUGGAGAAGGGCCUAAAACUAUUUGGACAGCUUAUUAACAACAAGGUUUUCCUGCUGUCCUUCAUCCGAACCCUAGAGUCUCAGAGAGGCUUCUCCAUGCGAGACCGCGGCAAUGUCGCCUCCUUAAUCAUGACCGUUUUGCAAAGCAAACUGGAGUAUGCGACGGACGUGCUCAAACACCUGCUGUCUGACCUCAUUGACAAGAACCUGGAAAGCAAGAACCAUCCCAAACUCUUACUCAGAAGAACGGAGUCUGUGGCUGAGAAAAUGCUCACAAAUUGGUUCACUUUUCUGCUAUACAAAUUCCUCAAGGAGUGUGCCGGGGAGCCCCUCUUCUCUCUUUUCUGUGCCAUAAAGCAACAAAUGGAAAAAGGCCCCAUCGACUCCAUCACCGGAGAAGCCCGCUACUCACUCAGUGAAGACAAGCUCAUCAGACAGCAAAUUGAUUACAAGACUCUGGUGGUAAACUGCAUGCAUCCAGACAACGAGAAGAGCCCUGAGGUUCAGGUGAAAGUGCUGAACUGUGACACCAUCAGCCAGGUCAAGGAGAAGAUCUUGGACGCCAUCUACAAGAACGUCCCGUACUCGCAUCGACCAAAAGCCUCUGACAUGGACCUAGAGUGGCGUCAAGGGAGAGUAGUACGAGUCAUCCUUCAGGAUGAGGAUGUUACGACAAAGAUUGAGGGUGACUGGAAACGACUCAACAUGCUGUCUCACUACCAGGUGCCUGAUAAUGCUGUGGUAGCUCUUGUACCAAAGCAGGUCACCGCAUACAACUCUGUGAACAACUCUACUGUCUCCAGAACCUCUGCUAGCAAAUAUGAAAACAUGAUCAAGUACACAGGCAGUCCAGACAGCCUGCGUUCCCGCACACCGAUGAUCACACCUGACCUGGAGAGCGGCGUCAAGGUGUGGCAUCUGGUGAAGAACCACGAGCAUGGAGACCAGAAGGAAGGAGACCGUGGCAGCAAGAUGGUCUCGGAGAUCUACUUGACCAGGCUGUUGGCCACCAAGGGCACUCUACAGAAGUUUGUGGAUGACCUGUUUGAGACCAUCUUCAGCACAGCACAUAGAGGAAGUGCCCUUCCUCUCGCUAUCAAGUACAUGUUUGACUUCCUGGAUGAGCAGGCCGACAAGCACAACAUUCACGACCCGCACGUCAGACACACAUGGAAGAGCAACUGUCUACCUCUCCGGUUCUGGGUGAAUGUGAUCAAGAACCCACAGUUUGUGUUCGACAUCCAUAAGAGCAGCAUCACGGACGCCUGUCUGUCUGUGGUGGCGCAAACCUUCAUGGAUUCGUGCUCGACGUCAGAGCACCGCCUGGGUAAAGACUCCCCCUCUAACAAGCUGCUGUAUGCCAAGGACAUUCCCAGCUACAAGAGCUGGGUGGAGAGAUAUUACUCCGACAUUAGUAAGAUGCCUGCGAUCAGUGAUCAGGAUAUGAACGCAUAUCUGGCAGAACAGUCCCGUAUGCACAUGAGCGAGUUCAACACCAUGAGCUCCCUCAGCGAGAUCUACUCUUAUGUGGGCAAAUAUACAGAAGAGAUUGUGUCUGCGCUGGAGCAAGAUGACGGUGCCAGGAAACAGAGACUGGCCCAUAAGCUGGAGCAGGUGGUCGCCUUCAUGAGCCUGGAGAGCUGAGGACCACAUUUCCCAGAGUGCACUGGGAGAUCCAUCAGAAACCGAGCCGUGCCUGAGUGAAGACCUGUCCAUCUAUCUCAUCUCUUCUGUUUGCAAUCUUCCCACAAAAACAAGCGUUUGCAUCAUUUUAGCUCUGCUUCCUAGAAGAGUAGAGAUGGGAACUGGAGGGUGGGCGGAGGAGCCAAGGACUACAUUACCCAUGAUGCAGUAGAGUGGGCGGCCAUCCGGCUCUGCUGUGUAGAGAAGGGGUGGCUGCCUACGAGUUCCACGUCACUGCAUCCUCCAUCCUUCUCCCUGACUGGAAAAGAACUAAAAAAAAAACAUUUCUGUUGCCUUCAAAGUUUAGCUGAUAAGCAGAAACCACGAUGUUUGGUGUCAAUUUGUUCUGACUUUUAUGACUAGGGUAGUGUACAACACUAAUAUAGAGUCCAGUUCAUUGUAGUACCUUUAUUAAACACUGAAACGCAAGACGAAAAAAAUGGUACUGCAUGCAUCUGAAGAAUGCAGUCCAUUCGGGCCAUUUCAAAAGACACCUCGAGGACACUGGAUUUAUGGGACACGCAAGAACAUUUAUACGCUUUGAUGAGAGAACAAUCAAGCCUUGAGAAUCCCGACUGCUUAUUCUCACUUUGAAGCAACGGGACGCAGCAAGUUAGUGCUUCAAUUCUUUUGUCUCUUCCGGGACCUUACUUGACAGUGAAACUGAAAGACAAGAUCUAUUGUCACUUUACCCCCGGCCUUCAUUUCGGCAUUUAUCCGGCUUGUGCACAUCUGAAUUUAUCCUCUCUUGUCUAGCGGAGGAGAUGCCAAGGUUCGAUCCCCUUAGAAGCAAGCACACACGCACACCUCUUCCAGAGAGCGACGCCUUCUCUCUGUACUCCGGCGAGGUUGCCAGGACCUACGCUGUGCUGCAAGAGGACGAAGUAAUCUUAACAACGAAAAAAAAAGCACAUUUGAUAGGUGUCUCAGUUCACACAUCCAGUAGGGGGACUUUAAUUACGAUUAAAGGGGGGGAAAUGGCGUGAAGUUGAACAGCCUGCGCUGUUCACUGCCACAGGGUCCCACCCGAAACGAACACUCUGGAAGCCUCUAGAAAAACCCACACGUGGACAAAGUUGGUCAGCAGAAAACCAAAGGAGCCCACCCAAUUUAAAAAAAGAGCAAAGCGAAUACAUUACCCCUGAGAAAGCGAACAUGCAGACUUGUGGAACGAAGCUACCGCUU